AAUUCAUUUGAGUUUGACACACAUUUUUUAAGGAAAUGAAACUCUGUUUUGACAAACGUUAUCCAGACACAAAACAUGAACAACAUAGCCACCAUUUGUUUCAAACCCUGCAUUCCUUUCCCAGUACAAUGUCCCAAAACCUGCUUCAGAAAAUUCCCACUCACAACAAUACCUCGAUCCAGUCUUCAAGAUUCUCAGCCACCCAACUCAACCCAACAACAACUCAAUCUCUCUGUUCUUCGCUUCACAUUGGGGAUACCUGGGUUGGAUGAAUCCUACUUGCCCAGAUGGAUUGGUUAUGGCUUUGGUUCGCUUCUCCUUUUGAAUCACUUUCUAGGGAGUGAUGCAGCCGCUAUUACACCAGCUCAGCUUAGUACAGAGGUUUUGGGUCUGUCUUUGGCUUCCUUCUCAAUUGUGCUGCCCUACCUUGGUAAAUUUCUCAAGGGUGCUCAACCAGUGGACGAAAAGGCUAUACCAGAAGGGACUGAGCAAAUAUUUGUUAUGUCAACAGAGGUAGGGAAUGGCCUGAAGGAGGAUCUGGCUUGGGCAUCAUAUGUUCUGUUGCGUAAUACAAAUGCCAUAGCUAUGCUAAUUUUAAUUCAAGGAGAAAUAUGUGCAAGGGGAUACUGGAACAUACCAGACGAUACAUCAAAAGAAAUUCUUCCGGAUUGGUUUAAGAAAAAGAUUGGAAAAGCUGGCCUGUAUGAUUUGAAAGACACCCUAUAUUUUCCUCAAGAUGCAGAUUCUGAAUUUCAGGAUCUGGUACCUAUGGGGACUCGCUGUCUUCUGAUCCAACCAGUCUUCCAUGGUUCUGAUGAGAAUGAUGCUGGCUUGCAAAAACCUGAUGGAUUCAUUCUGCUGGCCUCAACUACAAGGUAUGCAUUUAGCAAUAAAGACAAAGCCUGGAUUGCAGCGGUGGCAAACAAAUUUAGAGGUAAUAGCAUUAGUAUGUUUGAAGAUUCAUAAAGACUUUACACUUCAUCUUUUAAUAAUCAAGUCUGCAUUCUAUAGGAGGCCUCUUUAUUCCCAUUUAAAUGUAUGCCUGUUGUGCAGCUUUAUUGUUGAGGUGGCUAGUCUUUUUUAUUUGGGUUAAGUAUGUUUUUAUCUCUAAAUUUGGACACAAAAUUGUAAUUCGUUCAUGUCCCAAAUUUAAUACAUUUUUGUCUCCAAACUUUAAAAAUUAAUGGAUAUAGUACUUUUAACCCAACCACAUUAGAUUUUUUUACGUAUUAAGCAGCAUUCCAGGCUAGUAUUUGAAACACGGUUUGACACGUCAAAAAAAUAUAACGUCGUUGGGUUAAAAUAAUCAUAUCUAUUCAUUUUUAAAGUUUAAGGAUCAAAUUGUAUCAAAGUUUGGAAGAUGGACAAAUUCCAAUUUUGUGACAAACUUUAAGUACUAAAAACAUAUUUAACCCUUUUUAUUUUGAUGUUUAUGUGAAACUGAAAUAAGUGGUCUAUAGCCUUAUUUUGUGAAUACCUCUAAGGAUUUUUAUAUUUUGUAUACUGUGUUUUUUAACUGUAUUAUUUAGUUGUUCUGUAGAUUAUAACAUAUAAAGGAAGUGGUAUGAGAAUCAUUGGUUUGUUUAGAACAUUGAUACGUGCUUGACAGUUAAGAUGAAGGAUUUGCAACCUGAAGAAAUAGCCUAGAAGAUAUUGGCAACUUUUGCAAGAAUAAUUCUAACCAUUUUAACAAUACAUAAGAUUUGUUUUUAUGUUGAAUUAUUUAGUUGGCUUUUAGAUUCUAAAAUCUAAAGGAAGCAAUGUGAAAAUCAUUGGCUUGUUUACAACUUAACUUAUAGUCUUAUCUUCCUUAAUUUAUAUAUGCUUGAGCUGAAGUUCCAUGAACUGUGCAUCUAUUUAGCAUAUAGAUAUGAGCUCCACCCACAUACUGUUGCUGUGUAUCUUUUACUAUUGACAUAGAUUUUAAAAAAUGGCUCUGAUACCAUGUUAAGAAAAGUAGACUUUAAGUCUAAUUCAAUCCCACAAAACCAACUUGUAAUUAUAUACUAUGAAAUUGCCUUAUUUCUGGUCGAUGUGAGACUUCCAACAAUAAGCACAGUCUGCUGUUUAUCAAAGACUACAAAAGACAUAACCAUGAUAUAAUUCAAUAAUUACAACAAAAAGUUGUACAUUGAUUCUGUUGCCAUUUCAUACUUUUUGACAUUCUUUAGUGCUGAAAGGUUUUGAAUGCUUCCAUCAAUUUGUGUUUUACCUUGGUCAUGAUCAUGUAUGGUUGAGCUGAGAACAGAGUUGAUUUGGUUUAGAAAAUUGAACCACACAUGACAUGCAAUACCAUUGUAUGAGCUAUUUAUGACACAGGUAGAGUGGUGUAGUCAUCUCAUAACCUAAGGCAAUGCAAGAGUAUCUGUUGUACAAAGAAAAUGAAGAUUGAAAUCUGUGGCAUUUGAUUUAACAGUUCAAAAUCAAGACUUUCUUGGUUAAAUUAAGGGAAAGAAAUUAGGAAAUUGAAGACUUAAGUGGAAUAUGUGAAGGCCAGACAGAUUUGCAAGCAUUGGAAUGAGGGUUGGAGAUUAGGCAGUAGCAGUUUCUUGGUUAAAAUCUAUGACAAUGAUGAACAUUACCUAUAAAUUUAGAAAAACUGGAUGCAUUGAUUCGAAUUUGAAUCAAUGGAGGCAUCUCAAAUGUGAAAAUUACUGGUAGUCUUCAUACCAUAUCUACUAGCUUGUUAAUUAAUGUAGUUUAUGAAAAAUUUAAUGUAAUUUUUUUAUGUUUUUCUUAGAAAGAGUUUAUGGAAAAAAAUCCAAAUUGUAUUGAAACAUUUUUUCUUGUUUGGACUUUGAAUUUUUAUGGCUAUUGAGACCACUCUGGUUAA